CGCCUUGAACCGACUAACAUUUUGUUUCGCUGGUUUCGCUACCAACGCGAUAAAGUUGGCCGACCUGCGGCUUAUGUCAUGAUUACAUGCGAUUUUAUUUUGUAGAGCACGAAAUAGCUUUGAUAAAGACCACGUAAAGCAUUGGUAUACAAUUGAUUCGGGCGAAAAAUCGUAAUUUGUUGCUUGAUGCGCCUUCAUAAACGGUCGAAAUAGUGAAUCAAAAUUUUAUCAACAUUUCCAUUAUACCAAAAUGCCUGAAGAAAACGCACCGGAAAACCGUGGCUUUGCAGCCCUUAAAGAUCAUGUCAUGAACAAUCGACUCGAUACAGCUCUGUGGGCAUCGAGGAUACUGACUAUUGUGUUCGCAAUAGGAUACAUUUUUCCGAUAUUCGGAAGUGCGCAAACAGCCUACAACAAGGUGUUGAUGGCGAAUGCGGCAACAAGUGCAUUUAGAUUACAUCAACGUUUGCCGCCAAUUAAAUUCACACGAGAGUUCUUAUCGCUGUUGUUGGUGGAGGAUUCGUGUCACUACUUAUUUUUCUCGCUAAUAUUCCUGUACGUCUCGCCGCUGAUAGUUAUUUUGACGCCGGUCGUACUAUUUGCCGUUUUACAUUCGGCUAGUUAUUCGCUAACGCUACUUGAUACAAUAGGCCAAAAUUCAUGGUGGGGUGCUAGACUACUUAUUUCAAUCGUCGAACUACAGACCAGAAACAUAUUGAGAUUGGUAUCAUUCUCGGAAAUCUUCUUGAUGCCAAUUUGCAUCAUCUUCGUUUUCUGGGGUCGAGCUGGUCUAAUGACACCAUUCGUUUACUAUCACUUCUUGGUGUUGCGUUAUUCGUCGCGUCGCAACCCAUACACACGGAAUAUGUUCUAUGAACUGCGAUUGGCAACGGAAGCGGCUGCCAACAAUCCAAGGGUGCCACCAAUAAUCAAUAAAGUGGUACACAGCAGCGUAGCAUUCAUAUCAAGAUUGGCACCGCCAAUGCAAGCAGCACCACCACAGCAAUAAUUUAAUAUCGAAUUUCUGUGUGUGUGCGCGUGAGUGUUUUUCCCUUCUCUUAUUUCUUGUUUACACUUUACGUUAACUUGAUGUAACAUUUACCAAUCUUUCUUGGUAAGCUCUGUAAUUUUGUAGGAUUUUUUUUUUUUAAACAAACAAAGAAACUGUCCACUCGUUUGGGUAUUAUACAAAGCAUAUAAUCAUAAUUCAUCAUUGGACGAAUGAAACAAAAGACCAAUCCGAUUCAAUGUUCAAA